AUAUUUGGACCAGACCGGUUGCUGAAUGGUCGCAACUUUGACGAGUCCACAUUCGGUACAACUGCAGCAACGUUUUUCUCAUUCUCAUUCCCAAACCCAAAAUCUGAAUUGAAUUCUCUACUGCAAAUCCAAAUCAAGCAUUACUCUCUCCGGCAUGGCAGCGACAUCUCAGGCUCAUCUCUUCUGCUUCUCCGCCACGGUUCAUCGCAGUCUACACCUCAAGAGCCGUUCGCUUCCAUGCCUCACUUUUCGCCCCUCCAAGUUGUCAGUUGCUAUGAGUUUGGAGAGCCAUGGUGCAGAAACUGCUAAUUCUGACACCAAAAAUACACUAAGUUAUGCACCCGAUGAAUCAAAAUUGAAGGUAGAAGAAAAACAGGAGUCAUAUUCAACAGUAGAAGAAAAUGGCACGGAAAAAAUAGUGUUAGGAGAGGCAGUGCAGGAAGGCGUUGAUCAGCAGAAUAGAACUGCAAAAAUUCAUGAUUUUUGUUUCGGCAUUCCGUUUGGUGGAUAUGUUACAACCGGAGGCAUUAUUGGAUUCCUUUUUUCACGGAAUCCUGCAACACUGGCCAGUGGUGUGCUCUUUGGGGGUGCUUUACUAUUCCUCAGCACCUUUAGCUUGAAGGUCUGGAGGCAAGGAAAGUCAAGUUUACCAUUUAUUCUAGGACAAGCAGCAUUGGCAGGGAUCCUUUUCUGGAAAAACUUUCAGAGCUACUCACUGGCAAAGAAAAUAUUUCCAACCGGCAUCAGUGCUAUUAUAAGCUCUGCAAUGCUCGUCUUUUAUGUAUACGUGCUCCUCUCUGGAGGAAACCCCCCACCCAAGAAAUUGAAGCCAACUGCCAGCAUUGAGUGAUGAGAUAAUUAAAGGUUAUGUUAGCCUAUAGAGCGCGGGAGAUAUAGUUUCUUAUUUUUCUGUGAAUUAAAAUAAAGUUGUAAGGUAAUUUAGCCAAGUUACUUCUGAUGUAUUUAUUGCAUUAUGAUUCCUAGGCAUAUACAGUAUAUAGUGAAUCAUAUGUGAAAUUUGGUGGAAAAGCUUAUUUGCUUGCUACAGCUACAUACAUAGUUUCGAUACUAACUACAUGGCACAUGCAUUUUGAUUUGGCUAUGAAUUUUGGUGCCUUGUAAACUUCCAUAUACAAAUAUACAUUACUAUGAUGAUUUGGUGAUGAA